AUGGGAAAAGAACUCUUUAAGCAUAUGAGGAAAAGAGAAUAUCCUUGUGUUUGCUGUAAGAAACGAACACACCAGAGAGAUCGACGUACUGUGACAGCUGCACAACGACUAGUUCUCCAGAAAUGGACUGUAGGCGAUGUGUCUGAGGAUGAGGUGUUGUGUAGUUUGUGUCGAGUGAAGUCCUCCAUCAGUAACCCUGACAGUGCCCUCCACAUCUUCCAGUCAUUCCAGCUGCUUCAUCUGCAGAAAACCUGGGCCAAACCAAUGAUUGUUGUAACAACUAGUGGCUAUUACCUCUCUGUUCUUGGACCAUAUGUAGCGAAGAACAAUGAUGCUGCAAUCUUGAGCCACAUCAUGAAGACUAACAAAGAAGAUGUGUUGAAGUGGAUCGAAGAGAGAGAUGUGUUUGUUGUAGACAGAGGCUUUCGGGAUUCCUUGACAUUACUUGAAGACCUUGGAUUAGUAUCUGCCAUGCCUGCAUUUAUGAAGAAAGGUGAAAAGCAAAUGUCAACAGCAGAUGCAAAUACAAGCCGUUUAGUGACCAAGAUACGCUGGGUGGUAGAAUCUGCUAAUGCGAGGAUAAAGAGGUGGAAAUUUUUUGACCGUGUCCUUCCUUCGUCCCAGGUGCCAUUCAUUAGUGACUUCAUCAAGAUUGUGUGUGGAAUAUCAAACAAGUACUUUCCACCUUUGUCAACUGGUUGCACUGAGGAAGACUCUCUUGUAGCAGCUAAGAUGCAGUACCUGUCCAGACAAAUCAAUCAACUAAAAGAGGAAGUAGAAGAAAGGAAACUGGAUACCCGCUCAGCGAUCUGGAAACACCCUGACGAUCUUCAGGAUUUUCCUCGUCUUGAUGAAGAUCAACUUCGAGAGUUGACCUGUGGCACAUAUCAAGUGAAGCUUGCUAGUAGUUACGCAGAGGAACACUUUGGGAGUGGAUGUGAUAUCAUGGUUCAUAAAGAAGACCCGUCCUUGAUAAGAGUCAGGGUUACCUUCUUCGGAUACGAUAUGAUGAGGGAAGCGUGA